AUGUUGUCUCUCAACCAUCGUAUUGGCGCAUCCAGGGGCUUUAUUCGCGCAUUCUCGACCACUCCUUCGCGCAAUGCAGACCUUGCGAAAUUAAUUCUCAUUGGGCGCCUGGGAAAAGAUCCUGAGCUGCGUUUUACAAAAAGUCAGAAGGAAUAUGUUCAAUACACCGUAGCGACGACAAACUACCCACCACCGCCCCCCAACGCGUCUGGCUCACGGAAUGAGGCCAAAACCACAUGGCAUACCGUGCUGUCCUUUAACCCUGGCGUGAACAAUUACCUCCGCAUGCUUAAGAAGGGAUCUCAAGUAUUUGUCGAGACGAACUUCGAACUUCGGGAACCCGACCCAAAUGCAGACCCAGAUACCCCUCAGGGCCAACGACAGAUAUUUCUGCGCCAUGAAUCUAUCAGAGUGUUGAAGUCGCCGAGAAGUACAUCGGAGGAAGAGAAUGAGUCGCUAGAGUGA